AUGAGUGUUUUUUUGUUCAUAAAUCGGUGUUUUUCUACAACACUAAGAUUAGAUUCUCAUUAUGUAAUUAAUAAUCUGUAUAAAUUUCGAUUUAAGAGAUUUGAACACUCUGGUCUUGAUUCUACACAUGUUUCAAGCUUACCUCAAGUGGCAUCUAUCCAUGACCCAGUUGUAGUCAGACGACCCGGUGAAAUCAUAGAUAUUCGCACUUUGACCAGGAAUUAUUGGUCAUUUCCAGGUACCGACACUGUUGGAUUUAACUCAACCUUGGAGCUGCCUGUUUAUGUUUAUGAAUAUUACGACAGAAAGAACAUUAAGGAGGAAAUCAGGAGUGUGACGGUGCCUAAUGAAAUUUUUGGAGUUCCUAUUCGUCCAGAUAUUUUGCACAGGUGCUACCAAUUCUACAGAAGGGCUAAAGCAGGCUAUUCUGAGGAUAUGGAACUGUACAAAUGGGAGUGGCCCGGCAGUACUAAAAAAUGGAGGAAACAGCAAAAAACUGGAAAGGCUAGAAUAGGUUGGAAGAAGUCGCCUGGCAAAUACUUGGGAGUAUUCGCACACCCGCUGCGGCCCAGGGACCACCGCACCAAACUACAGAGGAGAACCCUAUACACUGGUUUGAAGACCAUGUUGUCUGUCAAGUUUGCGCAGUCGCAGAUACAUGUGGUCGAUUCGUUUUUUGUGUCGUCCCACAAAACGAAGUACGCUGUGCAAAAUUUGCGGCGUAUUCUCGGACCAAAAUGUAACUCGGCAAUGCUAGUAUUCGAGGGAUUGAAGGACUCGAACGAAAAUUUUAGGUGGUCAACUGCAAAUAUCCCAUCUGUGAGGAGGGAGACUGUCGAGGGGGUGAAUGUGUAUAAUUUGCUUAAAUAUAGGCAGGUGGUCAUAACUGAGGCCGCGCUGGGCAAGUUGAUCCACUACAUCCAGCAAUAUCCCAAGAAGUGCGGCUGGCUUCCCAGGUACGCAACCCCUGACAAUACACCUGCCCCCGUGCCUGAGAAGGUGAGGUCGUGGAACACCAGCUGGAUCGAGAGCAGACUGAGGCAAAGACUUUCCCCGGAUUCCAAGCGAGAUUGGAUUGAACGCGUGAAGAGCUGGAAGUGGUCCUCCGACACAAAGGGCGCCUUAAAGGUGCCCAGAGAUGACCCUCUUAAAUCCUUCAGACUAGUCAGUAUUCCCAGCUCCGAUUCAGAGGAAAUAAGGAAACGGUUCCAGUACAUAUACGACGCAGUAUUUGAUGGCGUCGAAGAGCUCGAAAUCGACUGCAAUGACUGUGUCGACGUAUGUUCUGAUCCCAUCACUUUCGUUCAGGAACACCACGCAGAGCUGUUUCAUACUGUCCAGGUAGCGCCUCUUUCUCCUCAGCUGGGCCCUAGAACGCUAAUUGGUGGUUGCACUCGCUUACUUGAGCAUUUCUAA